AUGGAGACUGUUGCAAUUGAUAUUCAAUGGGUUGAAACAUUCAUGUUAGUUGCGAAAGAAGAGGACAAUAAAUUGGGAUUAGAAGCUCGUAUUAAUCCUUUUAAUUAUCUGGUGUUUUUAAGACCUUCAAUCGGAGCUCUGGAGUCGUCAUUGAUCACAAAACCUUUGAAUAAACAAUUUUUGGUAUCAGUACGUCAUAAGCGUACACAUAUUUGUCAAGGUUCUAUUGUUGCUAGUAGACUAGUUAUUGUUCCAGCUCACUGUGUUAAAUGUCAAUCAACUGGUGCCUUUGAUGCUGUUGAUCUACAAGUUUUCGGUGUACGCAGGAACAAUAGAGAAAUAUUUGAUAAACCAAAUAACGUAUCAAGUGUUAAAUGCGUUGAAAAAAAUCCAUACGAUAAUAUUGCCAUGUUAUGGUUGAAUGAUCACAUUGACCAUGAUUAUUAUAAAAUCCUCAAACUGCCAGUAACAAAUGACCUGGAUGAGUCGGAAAAAUACGUCGCUAGUUGGGGUUUAACUGGAAAAGAAUCUAAAUUACCAGAAACAUUUGAAACAUCAAUUGUGCCAGAACAUGAAUGCCUCAAAGUAGUUGGUGAAUUAAAUUGUCAAAAAUAUUUUUGUACACUCAAACAUAAAUAUGACAUUUGCAAGAAUGACAAUGAUGCUGUACUGGUUUCUAAUAACACCCUCAUUGGAAUUGCAACAAAAAGAGGCUGUGAAACAAAUGAAGAAUACAAUGUUUUUAUUCGCCUAUCAAAAUAUUUGUGA